AUGCAUGGUGCUACCCUCCUUAGGGCCGAUGUUAAUUCAACCUGCCUCACAAGACGGGGUUCGUAUCGAUGUUUCAAGCAGGAACCGUUUCUUGAUUUCCUGAUUUUCGUGAUUUCCAUUUUCCAAAAUAUCCAUGAUUCAUCAUCGUUUCCAAAGGCUGACUUUGCCGCGUGGCACACCAGAUGGACGCUGGGCUCUCUGCUAUUCUUAUGUUCUUGGGGAGCGAUGAUGGGGCCCAUGACGUACAUAAGACACCUGAUAUCAACACCACGCCUCCCUUUUACCGCGGCAUAUUUUGGAUCUAUCGCUCUCACGUUGUAUUUCAGUCUUGGGGUAAGUCCUUUCCUCUGCCGGAAUGGAUGCAAACCGGUCUGUUACUGAUACGAUAUACCUAGCUCCGUUCUCAAAUCUUGACCCUCAUAUUUGCUUUGAUACAAAUAGGAUGUUUGGUUUGGUACCUCGUCUCGUACUUUCCUAUGGGGUCGAGUGGUUUACGAAUGGCCACAAGCUUUGGUGCCUCAAGAGCGGCUGCGUAA